CCCGCACAGGUACAAGACGCAGCUGAACUUCCACGGCAUCGACGCCCGCCGCGCCAUGAAGUUGUACGUGGCCCUCUGACCCCAUUCCGGUCCCACCACCCACCCAGUCUUCGCGGCCGUCACUACCCGCCGUCGGCGGAGGAGCAUUGGCUCGCGGCGGAUGGAGGAGACGACGGUUGAACAAUUGGGCAAACGACACUGAGCGGCAAUGAAUGCUGACAUCGCACAGCGGCACCACGGCCGCGGCCUUCGGCGGCGUCGCCGGCGUCUUUGCGCUUUUCUUCUUCGCUGAGAUCCCCCGCGUGCGCAAGGACAUCAUGCAGAAGGUGCCCAUCCUCGGCGACUACUUUGUGCAGGAGAUUGCGCCCGAGGACAACCCGUUCUAAGCGCUUCGCGCUCGCGUGCGUGCUUGCUUGCUUAGAUGGGGGACGAGAACCGGUGGGGGAAGACGAAGAAGAAUCAAGGGGAA